AUGUUAGUAUUGAAAAACAUGUUCCUUGACAAAAUAAAACCAACUACAGAAAUAAAUGACGCAAGACUGAAACAUUGGGUAAAAGCUUUCCCAUUCACAAAAGAUAUUAUUGGUAACAUGGAAAGAAAACCAGAAUGGCUACAAAAACAUAUAUUUGGAAACGAGCUUAUUCCAUAUGGACAAGCUCUGUUUGAAGAGCUUGAACCGGAAACUCAGGAAAGAGUCAUGCAAACAAUAAGCGAAGACUCAAAUACAAACUAUGACAAAAUCUUUCUAGGAUAUAGGUUACCUGAGAUGGGCGACCAGAGCCCAAAGGCAAAAAGGACAUGGGAAAUUUACAACAUACUAGGUGAACAUGAGGCAAAGAUGCAACAACUUGAAGCAGAGGGCAAGUUACCAAAAGCGACACCAAAGAAGAAGAGAAGAGUAGAACAAAGUGAAAGUAGUGAAGAAGUAACUUCAUCUAGUGAAAGUAGUGGCAAUGAAGGAAAAAGAAGAGUUAAAAACUCAGUCAGGAAGAAAGUAAAGCUUGGUCCGAGUGGGUUCUAUUAUGACAUAAA